GGCAACUCGGCUUCAUUGACAGCCUUGCUGUCAGUUGAGUUGCUUGCAAAAUAUUGCGAAUUGUUGACCCGGAUCGAUUGCAUGAUGCAGCUCACGUUGUUUGUUGCAGGAAGAAGUUUGCACCCGUUUCGAUUUAGCUGCACAGUGUUUUAAUCAAUCAACUAGAGUGCACUCUCCACGAUGCUGUUGUCGUCACGUGCUGCAGCGCGUUUAGGCGUGUCGUUAUUUUCCCGGCUCCCGGUACGCCUGCUGGAACCCACAGUGGUGCCCUACAGUGGAAGCACGGGUCCCGUUGCGGCGCACUCUGCCCUGCCAGCAACGGUGCAGACGGCCCAAGAAAAGUGGAUAAAGCGUUUCGAAUCCGAAAACAUACCCGAACCCGAAACGUCCAUUACGAACAUCAUAGCGCACGUGCUGCAAUUGGCCGGUCCGGGUGAUGUAGGCAAGCAUCAGAACUCGUCGCUUAACGAAAUGCAAAUGAGUAAAAUCGAAGAACUGUGCGAGUGCCGCCUUGCCCGCAUGCCCAUCCAGUACAUCAUCCGUGAGUGGGAUUUUCGUGAUCUAACCCUUAAGAUGGCUCCACCAGUGUUUAUACCACGCCCCGAAACGGAGGAGUUGGUUGAACUGAUCCUGCAGCAGAUGGACACCGGGAGGGAAUCGUCCUUUCUGGAGAUCGGUUGUGGUACCGGUGCCAUAAGCCUUUCCAUCUUGAAACAUGCUCCAAAGGCAUCCGCGAUAGCAAUUGACCAGAGCCGCUUGGCGUGUGAGCUGACACAAGAGAAUGCUAACGCGACUGGUUUGAUGGACCGGCUUCGAAUAUUCCGGCACAAAGUGAUCGACGAUCUGCCGGAUGCGCUGGCCGGGCAGAAAUUCGACAUGAUCGUUAGCAACCCACCGUACGUUCCAUCGGUGCUCAUACCAACACUCGAUCCGGAGGUUAAAAUCUAUGAAGAUCUGCGCGCCUUGGACGGUGGUAACGAUGGUUUGACUGUGAUAAAGGCGAUUCUUCGCGUAGCCGGCAAGCAUCUGGCUAAGGACGGUGUGCUGUGGCUCGAGGUGGACAGCACACAUCCGCCGGUGAUUGAAAAGUUUCUCACCAAGCACGGCGAGUUGAUGGGACUUCGCUUUCUAGCAUCUUACAAGGAUCUGUUUCACAAGGACCGUUUCGUUGAGAUUGUUAAACUAUGAAUGGUACGUUUUUGAUGUGCUAGCAACGUUGACGACGUGGUCGCAUAAGUAUACCGUAUUAUCCAACCAUCUACUAGGGAAUUACAUAAAUUCAAAAUAGAAAACCCUAUUUUUAUUGUUUUAGUCAUUAUAUUAAAUUUCGCAUGUCUGCUUUAAAGCAAGCUCUCCGUUUAGUAUCCGCAGUGCUAGAUGGAAUGAAAUCAAAUCUCCGGUUUGGGCGAUAGAGUACUAACUUUAGUUUAAUGGUCGUCAUGAUGGGUGAAGGAAAUGGGUGGAAUAACGACGUUGCGGAAUGGUAUCCGAUUUUGUAAAGAAGCAUGAUCUUUCGGAAAAGCAUGUUUUAUAAGCUUUAAAUUGACUAUUAAACUAUAAAUUGAACAGGACUGUAGAAUAUUCUUUAAUAGCUGCGAGCAAAUGAAACACUCGAAACACGUGUGCUUGAGUUCAUACGUUUAUUUUUCAAAAUUAUAUCCACGUAGUAGCCUACAGUAUCCGUUUGCGACACUCCCGUGCACCGCAAUUGCAAAACAGAACC